GUACUAGUCGGGUUCAUUAACCACUGAGCCACGAUGGGAACUCCCAUAGUAGUAAUGCUUAAUGUGUGCCUCUGUCGAGCAAUCAAAGCAUUGUUUCAGGAAGCUCAGUCUAGCAGCCCUUUUAUAAAGGAGGGAUUUGGGGGCCUUGGUAGGAAGAAUGAAACAUAAUAGCUAGGGUCCUUUAAUAACAAGAGCCAAAACUGACAGGCCAGCUUGAAUAGGAAAGUAAAUUUAUUUUAAAGGUAUAGUUGCUCUUGCAGUUGAAGGAAAAGCUAAAGCGUGGAGCCAGGAAGGACAAAAGCCCCGGGAACCGGUCGCUAGCGGGCCCCAUGGGCUGCCUUUUCAGGCCACACCUGAGCUGGAUCGGCUCUGCUCACUGGCCGCUGUUGUUCUUCUCAGCCCUGCUGCCAGGGGAGAAAGUUUCUGAUGGGCUCGGCGCUGGUCGUGUGGCCAGCCCUGAAGUCCUGAGCGAGGGGAGCCCCGUGUGUCGGAUGUCUCAGGGCAGGCCCUCAGCGGGGCAGGCACAGCCGCCCUGUCAGCCGACGUCCGUUCCGCUGGCCGGGCACAUCGCACGCCCUUGGACCAGACCCGACUUUCUCGUUCCAGGGGGGCCGCACGUGUGGCGAGGGGGAAUCAAGGGAGUGACAUCACCGCUCUUGAAGGGUCAGGUCAGCGCCACCAGCUUUGAAAUCCGAGGAGCUUAGAUGUUGUCUGGAUAUCUGCACUGUCUCCGUGGGAGUGAUGAUAAGACCUAAACUCAGCCAACUUCCUGUCCCCGUCCGAUGGUAACAGCAGCUAGAGAGAGCCAGACCAGGUCCAGAGACUCGCCCAGGCAUGGAGGGGCUGCUGCACUACAUCAACCCCGCGCACGCCAUCUCCCUCCUCAGCGCCCUCAACGAGGAGCGCCUCAAAGGGCAGCUGUGCGACGUGCUCCUGAUCGUCGGCGACCAGAAGUUCCGCGCCCACAAAAACGUGCUGGCCGCCAGCAGCGAGUACUUCCAGAGCUUAUUCACCAACAAGGAGAACGAGGCGCAGGCGGUCUUUCAGCUGGACUUCUGCGAGCCGGACGCCUUCGACAACGUGCUCAACUACAUCUACUCCUCGUCCUUGUUCGUGGAGAAGAGCAGCCUGGCCGCCGUGCAGGAACUGGGCUACAGCCUCGGCAUUUCCUUUCUGACGAACAUCGCUUCGAAAACGCCCCAGGCCCCCUUUCCGACGUGUCCCGGCAGGAAGAGGGCCUUCUCGGAGGACGAUGAGGGCGCUUCUCAGAAGAGAAGCGUCAUCGUCUGCCAGGGCCGAAGCGACGGCCCGGGGAAAGCCCUGAGUCAGAACCAAGCCGACCUGAGCCACCCCUCCCGGCCCUCAGCCGGCGCCGCGGGCAAGCCCCACGCCAGCAAGCCCCACGGCCCGAAACCGGGGGAGCCGCCGCACAGUCUGGCGCCGGCUGAGAAGACGUGGCCGAAGGAGGCGUCGGUGGGCCCCGCCAGGCCGCUGGAGCUCCCUGCAUCUGCGGAGGAGCCGAGCCGAGGCGGCCUGGCCAAGCGGAAUGCGGCGCUGCCUUCGAAGCCUCCGCAGGACAGGGAGGCCGCGGACGAGAAGCUUCCCAAAGGCCUGGCCAUAGAGCUGGCCCUCAGGAGGCCGCGGCCGCCCGUCCUGUCCCUGCGCGGCUCCUCGGAGGCGCCCUACCUGCUGAAGGAGACGGGCCAGGGCGGCGGCCCGGCCGAGGACCGGAACCUGCUCUAUUACUCCAAGCUGGGGCUCGUGAUCCCGUCCAGCGCCUCCGGUCCCGGGAGCCAGGGCGUCGACAGGAGCGGCCCGCUGGUCAAGAGCCUCCUGCGACGGUCCCUGUCCAUGGACAGCCAGGUGCCCGUCUACACGCCCGCCGUGGACCUCAAGUCUCCCCAGGGCUCGGCCUCGGGGCCCGGCGACGCGGCAGGAGGCCUGCUCUGCGCUCUGUCCCAGAAGUCGGCCCUAAAGGACUGUAGCGAGAAGGCGGUCCCCGACGCCGCGCCCGCGGGCCCGCAGCCCCACCGCCUCAGGUCCUUCAGCGCCUCGCAGCCGGCCGCUGCCCCCGGGCCCGAGGUGCGCGUCAAGACGGAGCCCCGCAGCCCCCCCGAGCCCUCCGACAUCAUCCGCGUCACCGUGGGGGACGCCGCGGCCCCCAGGGACCUGGCUCUGAAGACGGAGGACGACCAGAAAGACGUGAGCAGACUCCCGGCCAAAAGGAGGUUCCAGGCGGACAGGAGGCUGCCCGCCAAGCAGCCAAAGGCCGCCGAGCAGGACUCCCCCGGCUCCGAAGGGCCCUUCGAGGGCGGCUCGAGCCCAGCCCUGCUGGAGGCGGACUUUGCAGAUGCCGACGCGCAUAAAGACGACUUCGGGGAGUUGGAGGGCCCGAGACCCGCCAAAAAGUUCAAAUGCAAGCACUGUCUUAAGAUCUUUAGGUCCACGGCCGGCCUUCACCGGCACGCCAACAUGUACCACAACCCCGAGAAGCCCUACGCCUGCGACAUCUGCCACAAGCGCUUCCACACCAACUUCAAAGUGUGGACCCACUGCCAGACCCAGCACGGCAUCGUGAAGAACCCGUCUCCCGCCUCCAGCUCCCACGCCGUCCUCGACGAGAAGUUCCAGAGGAAGCUGAUCGACAUCGUGCGCGAGCGCGAGAUUAAGAAGGCGCUGCUGCUGAAGCUGCGGCGCGCCAAGCCCGGCUUCCAGGGGCCCGGCGGCUCCCCGGCGCAGGCCAUCAAGCGCAGCCUGCGCUCCCGGGCCAAGGGGGCCUACGUGUGCACGCACUGCGGAAAGGCCUACCGCUUCCUGUCGCAGUUCAAGCAGCACCUGAAGAUGCACCCGGCCGAGAGGCCCCUGGGCGCCGCCCGGGCCGGCCGGCCGCGCGAGCGCGCCGCGCCCGGGAGCCCGGGGGGCGGCCCCGAGGCCUUCCAGUGCCGCCUCUGCAGCGCCAAGCUCUCGUCCCUGCUCGAGCAGGGCAACCACGAGCGCCUGUGCCGCAACGCCACCGUGUGCCCCUACUGCAGCCUCCGCUUCCUGUCGCCCGCGCUCAAGCUCGAGCACGAGGGCAAGUGCGAGUUCCGGCGGCUGACGUGCCUCGAGUGCAUGCGCACCUUCAAGUCCGCCUUCAGCAUCUGGCGGCACCAGGUGGAGGUGCACAACCAGAACACCAUGGCCCCGGCGCCCGGCGCCUCCCCGCCGCGGCCCGAGCGCGACCGCAACGGCGAGCUGCCCCCCGCCGCUGCCGCCGCCCGGCCCGCCGCGCCCGCGCCCGAGCCCGCGCCGGCCCGGGCCAACCACGUGGCCGCCGCCCGGGAGGAGCCGGGCCUCGGCGACGGCCCCGAGCCCGCCGGCUUCGACUCGGAGGACUCGUCCUGCCUGCCCGAGGACCUCAGCCUCUCCAAGCAGCUCAAGAUCCAGGUCAAGGAGGAGCCGGCCGAGGAGGCCGAGGACGAGGCGCCCGAGGCGGCCACUGCUGCCGCCGCCGCCGCCGCCCCCAAGGAGCCGGCCUCGGGCCCGGACGCCGGCCUGUGGCCUUGCGAGAAGUGCGGCAAGAGCUUCCCGGCGCACAAGCAGCUGGAGCGGCACCAGGAGCUCCUGUGCUCCGUGAAGCCCUUCAUCUGCCACGUGUGCAACAAGGCCUUCCGCACCAACUUCCGCCUCUGGAGCCACUUCCAGUCGCACAUGGCCCAGGCGGCCGAGGACCCGGCGCCCCGGGAGCCCGAGCCCGGCCCCGGCCCCGCGCCCUCGCCCUCGCCGCCGCCGCCGCUGCCGCCGCCGCCGCCGCUGCCCAAGAUCCAGCCGCUGGAGCCGGACAGCCCCACGCGCCCGGCCGGGAGCCCCGCCGCCGCCCCCGCCCCGGCCGCCGCCCCCGCCGCGGCCGACAAGCUCUUCGCCCCCCAGGAGUCGGACACGCUCUUCUACCACGCGCCCCCCCUCUCGGCCAUCACCUUCAAGAGACAGUUCAUGUGUAAACUCUGCCACCGGACAUUCAAGACGGCCUUCAGCCUCUGGAGUCACGAACAGACCCACAACUGAAGGGCCGCCGGCCCCCCCCAGCCCGGAGUGGGAACUGCGUCCUAGACACCAGAUGUUUUUUAAAAAAGAAUAAUAAAGGUUGGAAAUUGUUAUGCUUGAA